CCUCGGGAGCUGCCGUAGCGGACCGGAAGCGCGAUCGCCAUGGCGCUGGGUUCGGAGACGCUGUCGGAGCGGUCGGUGCAGCUUGCGGUGUUCUUGGCCUUCGCUUCGGGGGUGCUGGUGGGCUGGCAGGCGAACCGAGUGCGGAGGCGCUACCUGGAUUGGAGGAAGCGGCGGCUGCAGGAUCAGCUGUCCGCCACACAGAAGAAGCUGGACCUCUCUUGAGCCGACAAAAAAUGGAAGUUGUGAGAAGCACUUGGAUGAAGUUCUGUUGCAUUUUGAACUCUAUGAAUUGACUUAAAUUCUCUUUAUACACACACUCUUGUUCUGAAAAGAGGCAUUGAUGAAAUUCUGUUUGCUCUAUCAUUCUGAUAAACGGAUGGAAGGAAAGUACUAAAAUAGCUCCCUGAUUUGAUUGUGUAAACUUGUCAAGUGCCAAGCUUUGGUGGAUUAUUUUCUGGUGUGAUACUUGAAGACCUUUGAUGACUAAAUCAAGGUUCUGAAUGUGACUGAAUAAAACUAUUUUAAGAAGUUA